AUGAGACUUUCGAUCGCUGCCGUCCUUGCCGCUAUCGCGUUAGCCACUCCCACGCUCGCAGGCAACAUUGAGGAACGCUCGCCCCAUCAUCGCAACAACCAACAAGUGCAGAACAAUGGGCGCACCAAGACGAUCCACGACACGAUGACCACCACCGAGACACAAUUCGUUACUGUCACUGUGAACGGACAGGGUGAACAAGCCGUCUGCACGGACGGUGCCGUCCUCACCACCACCGCUCAAGGUCAACAACAGGAGCACCAGUCGUCCCCCACUAGGACGCGAACUGCCAACGCUCAGCAGACCACGGCUGCUGCUCAAGAUAUCACCUCCAUGGAGACAUUGACGAGCACCAGGACCCUCACCACCACCAUGGUCUACACUACUCCGGAAGUUGUCACAGAGACCGCCCGUGAUCAGACUGUCGUUCACACGGUGAUUGUCACCCGUACCAAGACCCAACAUGUCAAGGCUACCCAGACGAUCACCAAAACCCACGUCAAGCAUGUUACCGACCACGUGACCCGCACCGAA